AUGGGUGUAAUACGAAAGAAGACCGCCACGCGCGGCACUGAAGCUGGCACCAAGUUCCAUUGCGACGUGUGCUCCGCUGACGUGACUUCCACCGUUCGAAUUUCCUGCGCCCAUCCUACGUGCUCCGAAUACGAUCUUUGUGUCCCCUGUUUCGGCGCGGGGGCGCGUUCCAAGAACCAUGAUCCAGCGACCCAUCCAUUCCAAGUCAUCGAACAGAAUUCGGUCCCCAUCUUUCAAGAAGAUUGGGGUGCAGAUGAGGAGCUGCUUUUGCUUGAAGGUGCAGAGAUCUACGGUCUCGGGUCAUGGGCCGAUAUCGCGGAUCACAUUGGUGGCUACCGCACUAAGGAUGAGGUACGCGACCAUUACAUUGAUACGUACAUCAACAGCUCGAACUUUCCUCUUCCGGAACGUGCCGACCCAUCGGACCAUUCAUUACAAGACUCGAUCCCCAAAGAUGAAUUCCAAGCACGAAAAAAGCGACGCAUCGAAGAGCGCAAAGAGGCCGCUAAAGCGGCACCUCCCGCUACCCCCAAGCAGAAGCCCACAGCAAGUGUACCGGCAUGUCAUGAGGUCCAAGGCUAUAUGCCGGGUCGUCUUGAAUUUGAGACUGAAUUCCUCAAUGAUGCCGAAGAGGCUGUCCAGCACAUGUCCUUUGAACCGGGCGCCGGCAUUGGUCCGAAUGGAGAGAUAGAUGCGGAGACCGAGCUGAAGAUGACCGUGGUCGACAUCUAUAACACCCGUCUCACUGCUCGAACGGAGCGAAAGAAGAUCUUAUUCCAGCAUAAUCUCCUGGAGUAUCGGAAGCUUACCGCCCUCGAGAAGAAGCGUUCCAAGGAAGAGCGGGAGCUGCUCAAUAAAGCCAAACCACUUGCACGGAUGAUGAACCACAAGGACUUUGAGGACCUGAACAAGAACCUCGAAUACGAGCAUAACCUGCGCUUGGCGAUCCAUCAACUACAAGAAUGGCGGCAAAUGGGCAUUGGCGACCUGAAGACGGGGGAAAAGUACGAACAGGAAAAGCAACAGCGGGUUCAGCGAAUGAUACCGCAAGGCUCGUUUGAUCGCUUCGCUAGCACUCGUCCCAGACAAAGCCAGGCUCCCGAGCCUUCGACGGGGGCAAGCCAGUUAACCACGCCUGAGCUGCCACUGCGCCUGCAGAAAGCCGCUAAUCCCCACAAGCUGCCUGACCCUGUCAAUGUCCCACUGAAUGACUUCGACAUGGCCUUUGGCGAUUCUUCCUCGGCACCCCCUGCCAAGACCAAAUACGUUGUGCAGCCGCUGAGCGGAGCCCCCGCGUGGAAACUUGACAGUGAAGGUGCGGCCGAUCUCCACUUGCUCACUCGGGAGGAAGCCGAGGUGUGCAAUGUCCUACGCCUGAUGCCAAAGCCGUAUCUGGUCCUGAAAGAGACCUUACUGAAAGAGGCUAUGAAGCAAGGCGGCAGCUUGAAGAAGAAGGACGCACGGGCGAUCUGCAAGAUCGAUAGCACUAAGGCUGGCCGGAUUUACGACUUCAUGGUGCACAGUGGAUGGAUCAGCAAAGCGUAG